AUGGGGAAUAGCUUCUCCAAUUUGGCCUCGUUCCAGUCUCUGCACAUAGUCAUGCUCGGUCUGGACUCUGCGGGUAAAACCACCGUGCUUUACCGACUCAAAUUCAACGAGUUCGUCAACACGGUGCCCACCAUCGGCUUCAACACGGAGCGGAUCCGCUUGGGGGGCGCUGGGGCCUCCAGGGGCAUCAGCUGUCACUUCUGGGACGUCGGGGGCCAGGAGAAGCUGCGGCCGCUGUGGAAGCCGUACAGCCGGUGCACCGACGGCAUCGUGUACGUGGUGGACUCUGUGGACGCGGAGAGGCUGGAGGAGGCGCGCACGGAGCUGCACAAAAUCACGCGCUUUUCCGAGAACCAGGGCACACCGCUGCUGGUCAUAGCCAACAAACAAGACCUGCCCAAGGCUCUGGACGUGGGAGAGAUCGAGAGGCAGCUUGCGUUGGGGGAGCUGCACCCAGGGACCCCGUACCACGUCCAGCCCGCAUGCGCCAUCAUCGGGGAGGGCCUGCACGAGGGCAUGGAUAAACUGUACGAGAUGAUUGUGAAGAGGCGAAAGUCUCUGAAGCAGAAGAAGAGAAAGCAGUGA